GAUAGUGGCCAUUAUGAUGUGACAAUAUUCUGAGUAAAGAAUAACUACGCCAAGAGUAUUACUCUGCCAUAUCUCUCAAGGAUGUUAGUUUACGUCAGAGGGGUAUUUGAUCUGUACCACUCGGGCCAUGCCACCUUUCUACAACGAGCAUACAACAGCGGAAUCGAGAUUGCCAAUGAGGUUGUAGACGGGACUACGAAUGUACGACUCUUUGUACAUUUAAUCAGCGAUCGUAUGUGUGAAACGAUACGACGUUCAUUAUGUAUACCAGAAGCAGAAAGACGAUUCGUGGUAGAAAAUAAUGAGCAUGUAUGGAUGGCUCGGGUUGCCAGUGACUACGAAGCGGAUCUAUCGGGAGACCUGGAGAUAAUCCGCCCAGAUGUAGUAUACGUGAUCAAUGAUAAUACCGAUAAUAUGAGGAAUAUACAGAGUGUGUGCAAGCGUUUAAAUAUCACUGUGGUACUGGGGAAACGCACGCAAUUGCCAGGGAUUGCAUGCAGACGUGUACGUAGUAUUAAAAAGUUGAUACAUGAUCAGAAGCAGAGACCAGUUUCAGGUUCAAACGGAGCUAGCUCCCAAACGGCCACCACACCCAUCAGGGCUGUCAACGGUUCAUCUGCACACCCUGGGUGCUUCCAAGAACAGUAUGGCAACCGUAUAGACCGUACAGACGCUGCCGCAGAUGCAAUUCGUACCCAUCAACCAGACACCAGGCCCAACCAGCCCGCACUACAACGCCCUAUAGUAUACGUCAGUGGGUGUUUUGAUCUAUUACACUCCGGCCAUGUCGCCUUCUUCAACGAAGCAGCGUCUCGCGGACAGAGCCUGUACGUGGGCUUAGGCAACGAUGCGAACUUAGCACAGUUGAAGAGUGGCUCUGUGUUCCCAGAAGAGGAACGCCUCCUAUUGGUGGAGAGUAUCAAAAGCGUUACCAUGGCAACCGUGAGCCGAGGGUUUGGCGACCUGGAUUUCGCACAGGAUCUGGAUGUGAUCAAACCGGAUGUGUUUUUUGUCAAUGAGGACGGCGAUAGGCCACAUAAACGAGCCUUAUGUACAAAGAAAGGAAUUGAGUAUAUUGUGAGCAGCAGGAAACCGCAGGCUCAGCUUCCGCCCCGCAGUUCAACAGAUUUGAAACGAGAGUUAUCAAACUAUGCUACAGAGCCGAGCAUACCACACCCCCACGCCGAUAUGGCACAGAAUGAAGUGUCGAGUGAGAACACCUUGCGAGAGGAUGCUUCACAUACACACAGUACAGCCCCUCCAGCGGCUGGUGACUGCGUGCGUCUGCAUGACUUCCCAUGGCGCAUCUGCCUGACGGGUGGCUGGUUGGACCAACCGUGGGUGAGCCAGGUGGUGAAGGACACAUACGCGCAGAGUGUGCGUACCAAAAUAGGUACCGAACUGCCCGGGUGUGGUGUGAUAGUGGUCAAUAUCAAGGCGAACGCAGCCUUCAAAACACGUAGUAGCCUUGCAACGUCUUCACGGCGCACGGCACUAGAGUUGUGGGGUGGGUAUGACAACCUACCCAAGGAACAGACACGUGAGCAUCUGGCCAGGCUGUUGUUCGGGGCCGAGAAUCCGCCGGGAUGCGAGUAUGUGAGUGGUUCACAGGACCACCUCGGUCUCCUGCUACCUGGCUUAAGCUGGUUGGGGUACCGAGGCGGCUACUGGCCAGAGCAUAUACACAGUCUGUGUGAUGCAGACACGUGCGUAUGGUUGCAAAGUGUGCUGUGGCUGGUACCGCUGGUCUCACGUGAUAGAGAGUACAAGCCUCUCGCGGUACAGAACUUGACUGUAGAGGCAGUCACAGCACUCGCCGAUGCCUCAGUAGCGGCCUGGAAAGCCAUUGAGGACCGAGAUACCGCGCGUUUGGGGCAAGCUCUUAAGGAUACUAUGUACGCUCAGCGUUGCAUCCUGCCAAAUACCAUCCCUACACCCGAGGUGGAAGAGUGGACUGGUCCGUAUGUGGACACAACGCACGGGUACAUCUGUGGACAUGGCGGAGGUUUUCUGUUUGUCAUCAGCGAUACACAGGUGUUGAAUGGCUUCCAGGUGGAGAUAACGACUAGUGAAGGACUGUGAAGUCUUGCCAUCGAAUGCGACCAAGUGCCAGUAUUGUAGAGCAUCGAUGUAACAUUGCGCUUACAUGUGCACCUACGUUGUAGCAUUGGAGCACUGAUGUCCCAGCGGCACUGAAUACCGGCUCGUGUACUCUAUCGCGAUAGGAGCAACUAAAUCGGAAUCGCUUUACUGAGUUCUGGGUUGUUUGACGCAAGAAUGGGAGAAUCAAAUAUAUUUUCUUCUCCCUAUGUUGCUCAAGUUAAUGCGUCGUCACGAGGCGUCUAACGCUGUAGUCUGUCAUGAGAUGCGCAAUCGGUUGUGCGGGAUGCUCGUUUGUAGAUAUUGAAUUUUACACUGUAAUUCCAGCACUAUCAUUCUGUAGGCAAGCCUAUGAUCAGCCCUGAACAUCUACAAGCAUACGGCAGCUGUCGUUUGGUGAAGAAGAC